ACAAAGUGCAGGAAGACAAGUAAGUUUCAUUUGCAAAGGUUGACUGUUGCAAUAUUGAACAAAGUGAAGGAGAAGAUGUCCAGGCAGGGGCCCCUCUCCCUGCUCACCUGGAUGGUAGCCAUGGCUGUCUCUUCAAUGGCUUUCAACAUUGAUGAAGCAAACCCAAAAAUCUACAAGGGGGAGGAACAGGAUUUCUUUGGUUACAAAGUCCUGCAAUUCAUUUCUGACAAAGAGAAAGGGGUAAUGGUCAGUGCUCCAUAUCAGAAGAACGGAUCUGGUGGAAUCUGUAGAUGUGCUCAAGACCGAACAAACUGUACAGACUGUUACACUCCUCAAGAAACUGACACAAUCAAGUACAUUGGACUGUCUAUGGCUGGACAAUCUACUUCUCCUCCAACGUUCACUGCCUGCAGCCCUGGCCUGGCACACGAGUGUGAUGGGAACUCCUAUCUGAACAGUAUCUGUUAUCAGUUCAACAGCCAGCUCCACAUCACCUCAAACUUCACACCUGCCUUCCAAGAAUGUACUAAGAAAAUCGUGGACCUCGUUUUCCUCUUUGACGGAUCAGGAAGCAUGACAAGGGAUGAAUUUGAUAAGAACAAAGGUUUCAUAAACAAUAUCAUGACAACCCUAACAAACUCCUCAAUCAAGUUCGCAGCGGUUCAGUUCUCAUCAAGAGCCAGGACAGUUUUCAACUUCAAUGACUACCAAGAGGGGAGAGCCUUGGAUAAUCUUUGGAAAGAAGAGCACAUGGCUGAUCUAACCAACACACAUAAGGCAAUAGACUUUGUCUUGAAAAACAUUUUUGAAAACCAAGCCGCCGGCGCCACCGCAGAUGCAACUAAAGUACUGGUCAUAAUAACAGAUGGAAAUCCCAGUGAUACUGAUAGAAAUAACGCUAUCAAUAGAAGUGAUGAGAAAAACAUCAUCCGCUUCAUCAUCGGGGUCAAGAAUGUCAAUUUGAUGAAACUAAAGUCCCUGGCAUCAGAGCCAAAAGAGAACAACACUUUCCUCAUCAUGGACUACAACGGACUAAAAGGAAUCCUAGACAACUUUCAAAAAAAGAUCUUCAACAUUGAAGGUUCCAAGACUGCUCUGGCUGGCAACUUGACUAAAGAGAUGUCUCAGAGUGGGUUCAGCGCUGUCUACGUUAAUAAGGACACCUUGGUUUUGGGCUCAGUGGGAUCAAACAACUGGCGUGGAUCUCUCUUUGAGACUGAGGGUCUGAGAUCAGAGGAAAGGGAAAUUCAGGACCCCACAUUGGACAAAGACUCCUAUAUGGGAUACUCUGUAGCUGUUGGGAAGAAGAAUGAGAAUCUUCUAUAUUUUACCGGAGCACCAAGAUCUGAACACAUGGGACAGAUCCUACUUUUUAACAAGGUUAACAACAACUGGACUGUGGCACAAAGAUUGUCUGGAGAACAGAUGGGCUCCUACUUCGGGGCAGAGCUGUGCUCUGUGGACAUAGACUCAGACGGCAACACAGACUUCCUCCUGGUGGGUGCACCAAUGUUUCACCAACCACCGAGAGAGGGCAGGAUCUACGUCUACACACUGACUGACAAGCUGGAACUGAGGACGGAGAUGAGUGUUUCAGUGCUGGCUCAGGGUAGAUUCGGCUCCUCCAUCUCCUCUCUCACAGACCUGAAUGGAGAUGGGCUGAAGGAUGUAGCUGUGGGUGCUCCACUUGAGGACGAUCACAGGGGGGCCGUGUACAUCUACCUGGGUGAAAAGCUAAAGGGGAUCCGCCCUGAAUUCAGCCAGCGCAUCUCAGCUGUGAUGAUGAGAUCUAAGCUCCAGUUCUUUGGCCAGGCGAUUGAUGGGAAGAUGGACCUGGGUGAGGAUGGACUGACUGACAUCGUAGUAGGAGCGCGAGGCGCAGUUGUCGUCUUGAGGUCCAGACCGGUCCUCAGCAUCUCUGCUCAUCUCCACUUCCAUCCCUUGGAGAUUAGCACUAAUAACUUUGACUGUCUGGCAGAAGAGACCAUUUCUCCUGUGGUGACUUUGACGGCCUGCUUUAACAUGGCAGAGGCAACAAAGAGUAAAGCUGAGGUGCUGAGUGCAGGAAUGAACUUCUCCUACUCGCUGAAUGUGGAUCCAGUGAGACAGAGGAGCCGAGCCUUUUACAGUGACACAAACAAAGGGGCCAGAAGUAUUCUCUCUACUGUGGAGCUGAGAAAGCAGCGGACUUGCUUCAACCACUCAGUCUACAUGACACAAUGCGUGAUCGACACAUUAUCGCCCAUAGUCAUCAAACUUAAUUUAUCUCAAUCUGAAAGCCAACAAGAGGGUCGUACUGCCAUUCUGAAUACUGCCAGUCCUACACAGGCUGUGGUCGAGGUGCCCUUUGAAAAGAACUGCAAAGAAAAUGAAACAUGUGUGGCAGAGCUUGAGGUGGACUUCAACUUUAUCACAUCAACUUUAUUAGUGGUGGACCAGAGUUACUUCAACGUGACUAUAAGACUGUCCAAUCACGGGGACGACUCCUACAACACCAGUCUAACCCUCCUCUACCCUCCUGGCCUCUCAUUCUCCAUGAUGCAUCUUCUGAAGUCCACAAGGAGAACGGUGUUCAGCUGUGGUGGUCUGGAAGGUGAAAUGGACAGAACUACAUGCAGUGUCAGCCUCCCUGUCUACCGUAGUAAAACUACAGCUGUGUUCACCAGUAAAUUCCAUAUUUUGAGUACAUACGACUGGAAUGACACAAUGGAGAUGAGCGUCAUUGGACUGAGCGACAAUGGAAACUCAACCAAUAGUUCCCUAACCAGGACCAUCCCUGUUCAAUUUGCAGUUGACCUGGUAGCAAAAGCCCUUCCCCAAGACUCCACCACUUACAUUAACUUUACUCUGGAGGACACAUCACCUAAAGGACUGGUGAAUGUAUAUGAGGUGCAGAACUUGGGAUUUAAGUCUGUACCAGUCACAGUCACCUUCACUUUCCCAACUAAGCUUGAGCACAGAUUUGAAAUGAAGGACUACCAAAUAUCUGUCUUACAGAACCACACUCAAUGUGGAAAGGUUAUCAAUUCAACAACAGAGUACUGCUCUCCAGAAAAAUACUGCAAGUCCAUCGAGUGUGAAAGCUUCCUUUUGAAGAAGUUGUUGACAGUUACGUUUGUGCUGUCUGGAAAUGUUUCCUUCAAGGACCUCGAUCAACGUAGCUUGUCAUUGCCAAAGAAAUUCACUGGGGAUAGAGAAAAAGUCAACUUCAUCAGUUUUGUCAAACUCAGCUAUGACAAAAAACGAUAUGUCCAGACAGCGAGUGACCCAGGGGAUAACUCUACAAGCUUCCACCAAACACAGAUUGAUGUUCAGGCUGAGAUGAUCAUUCCUCCACAUACAGCGCUGAUAAAAGGGACAGGAGUUGGAGUAGGACUCUUUCUCCUGAUCAUCAUCACAAUGGCCAUGUAUAUGCUGGGAUGUUUCAAGAGAAAAAGGCUUGUUGAUAAUGCACAGGAAGAUGAGAAUGAAGGGGAACAGAGGGAGCAAGAUGACGCUGUUCAGCCUAUCAAGAUCUGUGUUACCAUAACAGAGAUAAAGCUAGAGCCUGAGAGCGAGCCUGAGACUGGAGCAGUGGAUUCAAAUCCUCUCCUUGACGACAGUCAAACAGAAAACAAUGGCUUUCCCACUAGUGAGGCGGUAGGUGAGGGGCCAAAAGAGAAACAGGAUGUGUCAGUCAGAAGCAGGCUAAUGGAGUAGAGAAACUCUUUUCACGCCACUUCCAUAUGGAAGGGACUUUUUCAUAGCAGGUUAGAACUUACGCAGCAGGUUAAGAUAAUUGACGUAGCAGGUUAGAGAAAGGAGUAGAGGUCCAAGCAAAAACAACUCAGAGAAUAAUUGUUAGAUUAAUUAAUAUAGUCUGGCCUGACCACAGAACCACGCAUAUCACUCAAUAUGUGAUUAAGUCUGAAAUACAUUUUCAAAAAUACACUACCGUUCAAAAGUUUGGGGUCACUUAGAAAUGUCCUUAUUUUGAAAGAAAAGCAAAUUGUCCAUGAAAAUAACAUCAAAUUGAUCAGAAAUACAUUGUAGACAUUGUUAAUGUUGUAAAUGACUAUUGUUGCUGGAAACGGCUUAUUUUUUAUGGAAUAUCUACAUAGGCGUACAGAGGCCCAUUAUCAGCAACCAUCACUCCUGUGUUCCAAUGGCACGUUGUGUUAGCUAAUC